AUGAUCUUCAGGAACGGUGGUUCAUGCCUGCCCGGCUCGACGUGUGUGUGUCCACAGUGCUUCUCUGGUGCUGACUGUUCCCUAAUUGAUGAAAAAUGUCUCUGGCAACGAGCCAACUCUACGCAAGAUACUUGGCUGAACAUCAGGUUGAGAAGAGCAUACCUCGCUUUGAACCGACGAUUUUGUAGAGAAAACCGGGUCUUCGUGAUACCAUCGAAGAAAUACAAAGAUCUGGAUGAUGCUGUCGUCGAUUAUGAGGAACGGUACGUGUCACAACCACGUGGACGCUACCGUACCCUUCCGUGCAUCGACGUCGUCGCCGUGUCAUCAGCGGCCGUCGCCUGCACUACUGCACCCGAACCGGAUCAUCACUAUGCGGAAAUCGAAUUUCGACCGACUACCGUAUCACUGGACGAUAAAAAAUUUGCGGAGAACGCCUGCGUGGUAUAA